AUGUAUUCGUCAUACUGGAAACCUAAUGACGGACGCGAGUCAACUAUACCAACAGAUCACGAAGCGCUACACCGUGAUGAAGCCACGCACAAGGCCAUGCAGUCUGACGAGACAGAACUUCGUCCUCUUGAUUUAGAGACUAUCAUGAGCUCAAAAGCUGCAGUCAAGUUUUGGUAUCUGCAUCGUCCUAAAACCAUGGCGUAUGUACACAAGAAUGCAACUAAGAUGCAGAGUCUUGGCCGUGCCUUUGCUGUGCGCAGGCUGCGCGAAAAACACGGCGCGGAGUAUAUGGCCGCACUGGCUAGAAAAGAUCAAACGCGUCGUGAAGCUGAUACGCUUAAGGAGCUUACAGAUGAAGAGCGUGCUGCUAAGGAGGCGAAUGACGCUGCUUACGAUGCACGUGUGGAAGAGUCUCGUCGCCUACGUCGUGAGCAGAUUGAGGCCGAACGUCGCGCCGAGGAAGAGCUACGUAUGAAAAUGGCAGCUGAAGCCUCAGAGCGUCGGCGUAUUGAAGAGGAACGCAAGGCUGCGGCUCUCGCAGCUAUGGAGGAAAGUGAGCGUUUGGCAGAGGAGGAGCGGAUGCGCAAGGAGGCAGAGGCUGAAGAGGAGCGUCUGCGUCAGGAAGAAGAGGCAGAAAAGGAGCGUAUUCGUAAAGAAGAAGAAGAAGAAAAGGAACGCAUUCGCAAGGAAGAAGAGGCUGCACGAUUAGAGGAGCUACGAUUGAUUGAAGAAGAGGAACGUCGCGCUGCUGAAGAGGCCGAGGCUGCCCGUAAGGCGGAAGAAAAGCGUCUUGCUGCUCUUGAAGCCGCUCGAAUAGCUGAAGAAGAGGAGAUUCGUGCUGAAGAAGUGCGUCUUGCUGCUGCCGAGGCGGCGCGUCUUGAAGCUGAGGAAGCUGCGCGUCGCGAGGAGCAAGAACGUCUCGCAGAGGAAGCGCGUCUUCGUGAAGAAGAAGAGGAGCGUUUGCGUAUCGAGGAGGAAGAACGAUUUGCAGAGGAGGAACGCAUUCGUAGGGAAGAGGAGGAGGCUGCUUUCUUAGCAGCUCAAGCUCGCCAAGAAGAAGAGCGAAUGGCUCGCGAAGCAGAGAAAGAGCGUCGUGUGCGCGAAGAGGCAGAGAGACGGGAGCGUAAGCUUGCGGAGGCAGCCCUUGCUGCGAAACUUGCUCAUGAGGAAGCUGAUCGCAUUCGUCGAGAGCGUAUUAAAAAGGAAAAAGAUGCUAAGUACGAACAGUCUUUGUCCAAGGACGUGCCUGUCCGCGUUCGACAGCGUGGUCCUGGUCGUGUUGUCAGCUAUGACAAGGAGCGAGAAACUUACGCUAUUAAACUUGAAAAAGCCGCGGGAGGUAUGCAAAUUACUGUUUCUGGUGAUGAUGUUCACCUCGACGAUGAUCGUAUUCUGUCGCCACGCACGAAGGUGGACACACCAUUUGGCACUGGUGAAGUCGUGGGUCUUGAUCCUCACGUUGGAUGCUACGCCAUUAAGACGGAAAUGGGCGCGUCAGAUGACGACCAGUUUUUAGCAUUUGUUCAGAUUAAAGAUGUUGUUGUACACGAGGAGGAAGAGGAAGAGCGUGCUAUCGUGGAAGACGCUUCAUUACCGAUUCCCAAUGAAAUUGGUUUAGUGUCGGCUCGCAUCGUUGAUAGCCGCAUCGUGAACCGCACAGGCAACAAAUUUAUCCAGUACAAGCUUGAGAUUCGUACAACAAACUAUGGCACAGUUUAUUGCUGGAAACGUUACAGCACCUUUCGCUCGCUUUGUGACCGCCUCAUCAAGGAAAAUGGUAUGAAACGACGUGACAUUCCGGAGUUGCCGCCUCGUCAUUUGGUGGGUAACUUUUCGCAGAAGACGAUCGGAGAGCGUGCCGAAAAGCUCAAUUUGUUUCUGAGCGCCGCUGUGAGAGCCGAACACCUGCAGUGGGGUAUUCGUGUGGACGAUCAGAUUGCCGUAUACAAGCGCCGCAACAAACGUGUGACACAACCCAGCAGCCAGCCGAACAGUCGUGCCAGUCGAAGCAUCUUCUCGCGACGACGCCUUCAUCUAUGCAUGUGCUCGAAGGAAGAGCUUAGUGUCUUGACUGCUCUAUUGUAG